AUGGAGGAGAGCUCAGGAAUUGACGGCCAAUUUAUAGAUGAUGUAUUUACAUCGGCAGAGAAGGCUCUUACUGAUGACGAGAAACAGAAAUUGGAAGAACAGAACAAGCGUUUAAUACCUGAGUUUAAGGCACGACAAUUGGAAGCCCAGGCUCAAAAGCACUGGGAUCUGUUUUAUAAACGCAACGAGACUAGAUUCUUCAAGGAUCGUCGAUGGACCACAAGGGAAUUCCAAGAAUUAAUUCAUGACUAUCCCACACUUCCAUCCGGCGAGGGAAAUGAAACUAGGAAACUUUUGGAAGUGGGCUGUGGAGUUGGCAAUUUUGUGUUUCCUCUAAUGGAAGAAUUGGAAUCGUUGGGACAGACAAAUAACUAUUUCUAUGCCUGCGACUUUUCACCUCGUGCUGUUGAAUUUGUUCGUUCGAAUCCCAAGUAUAAUGAAGAUCGAAUAAAGGCAUUCCAGUGUGAUAUUACAACAAAUACAAUUCAUGAUAAUAUUCCCGCUGAAAGUAUAGAUAUCAUUUCCAUGAUAUUUGUUUUAUCCGCCAUUUCACCGUGCAAAUUUGAUAUUGUUAUCAAAAAUCUACAUACAAUACUAAAACCCGGUGGUAUAGUACUAUUUAGAGAUUAUGGUCGUUAUGAUAUGGCACAAUUGCGUUUUAAAUCCGGUCGUAAAAUAUCGGAUAACUUCUAUAUGCGUCAAGACGGUACACGGAGCUAUUACUUUGCCGAAGAGGAAUUAUCGAAAUUGUUUAAAGAGAACGGUUUUGAAAUCAUAAUAAAUUCGUACGUCCAUCGACGUACACUUAAUAUAAAGGAGGGUAUUGAUGUACCCCGAAUUUUUUUGCAGGGUAAAUUUCGUAAAUUAUAG